AUGACCGUCGACGCUGUGCCCGCCCAACAAGUAUCGCCGUGGGCAAGACAGACCCCCAUGAACCCCCAGUUUACGGACAAUAUGCCAGAUCCGGGAUACGGGAGUCAAUAUGGAUCCCCGGAUGCGCAGUCGAGUAAGCCCCCGCAAAGCACCAUCAAUGAGAGCAAGGGACGACCGCUCCUCGCACCUCUCGCCCACCUUGCCGAGUUCGACAAGGCCGUCGACGAUGCAACUCUGUCUCGCUUCCAGGACGUCCACAGGCAGAUAGAACAUCCGCUGUUGAACUACGUCCGCCGCAAGCGACCGAGGGAGAAGUACCGCCCGAUGGCCGUGAGAUUGAUGGUCCUUGGGAGCUCCGAGGAGACCGCGAAGCCUUGCAUCGUUAUCCUGUGUUCGGGCCAGCAGGCGAAGGUGGUGAGGAAAUUUUUUUACAAGGACUCGGUUGGGGCUCUGUGUCGUCCCGCAGAUGAAGGCCUGCCCUUGUUUGAGGUCUUUGUUAUCGGCCGACCACUGGAGAUGAAGUGGGCAGGUGAUGACAUCAAUGUCUUGCUUCCCAUCAUCCAAGGGGAAAGCCAUGUUUCGUUCAGCACCUUGUCUUACUCUUUGGGCGAAGACGAGAUUGGACAGGCAGAGAAGCUCCAGUUGAGUUCAACAGACACCGAUGGGCCCUGGACGUCCCCCGAGUUGAGCAAGGUGGGUUCCAUUGCACAGGGCACUUUGCUACCCGGCCGAUCAAUCGCUGCCAAUAGCGAAUCAAAGGGCUACUAUGAUUGGGCCCUCAUCGACAUGCUCAGUUAUAGACCGAACCGCGUUCAACCGAGGCAGUCUUCGAGCCCAAAGGCUUGUGACGAUGGAAUCUUGCGCUCCCGGGACCUCGUCAUGGCCGUCCCAUCCGGCUCUGCCCACAAGAGGCAGUCGGUCCUUGUCUUGACGGCAUCAGAAGGGCCAAAACGAGGGUCCCUCUCCGCUCUGUCCUCAAAAGUGCUUCUCAGUCCUGGCCGGGUGUCUGUUAACGCCUUGGUGGUAAAUCUCGAUAACAGCAAGCAAAUUGUAGACGGUGACUCGGGGUCAUGGGUGGUCAACGAAAAAACCCUGGAGGUAUACGGCUACAUUGUCGCCUCGGACCCCUUUGGCGGCGGUCAUAUUAUCCCAAUGGCUGAGGCGCUCGAGGACAUCAAAGUCACCAUCGGCCUCGGAUCGGUCACGCUGGCCAGCUCGUUCGACGUUGCGACUGCCGAGCUGUCCCGCCAAAUUAACCAUGGUUUCAAUGUCGACCCGGCACCCACGCUCCGCCAGAAUAUCAACUCGGGGAAUGCGGUUGACAACGAACAUGGUGGUCAGCAGAAUACCGCAUGCCACUGGCCCACUGCAGUUGACCCUUACAAGGCUCCCGACCAGUCUUUGCCAGUCAAGCUGCAGGAGGAUCUCGUGCAAGAGUCCCUCCACGACGAGCACGCGCUGCUGCUCUUGAAGCCGGAGUGGAAGCGACAGGGCGACAAGCUGGGCCUCCUGCUGCAGUAUCGGCUCAGCCUGUCGGUUCAGUUCACAGCCCCUACGACGCUGCACAAUGUCGUGAUCGUGGCCAGGUACGAGGGCAAGGCCAGCGGCGCGCAGACGAAGCCAAGCGGGACGCAUCUCAAGGACAAGCGCCUGGUCUACUGGCGCCUCGGCGACAUCACCCCGACGGUUGUCAUGCAAAAGGUCAUGUGCCGCAUCGUCGGGGCAGACGGCGUGGCCCCAACUGGCGGCCUCAUCGAGGCCCGUUGGGACUAUGCGGCCACGAGCCACGACACCGUAUGCAGCGGCAUAUCCAUCUCGAUGCUGGAGGAAACGGACAAGGCGGCAGCGGCUGCCGAGGAUGAUCCGUUUGUCGACCAGAGCGCCGACGGUGCAGGCCCGUCCACCAUAGCUCAGCCAGCCAUAGACAGCGGGGAUGCUCAUCCUUUCGAAAUUUGGCGUACUCACUUCGACAUCGCCGCCGGCUCCAAGCCUAACCUAGGCCACCACCAGCACAGCGACUUGGGUGACUUCGACGAGGACCCUUUUUUUGGCGCUGUCUUUACCAGCUUGUAA